CGAAUUUAACAUGCACCUACCUAUACGUAGGUAGUUUGAGAAGCCGCCAUCGGGUGUUGUCUUGUUUUGUUUAUCCCAAUUAUAGCCUAGUCGCAAACUUUCAAUUCGUAAAGAAACAAACAAGCCCAAUUCUCGCCGGUACAUUUGUUCAGGGCCAAGUGUGGAUUCCAAUCUCUACAACUGUCCUUUUCUAAAUGUCACCCGAGUCAUCGAGAUAACUACCGUGGUAUAGCCUGUGUCGGAUACGCAUAUAGAGUUGAACUGGAUAUUUUUGUCCUUUACCGGCUUUCGCACUAAACUUAGCUGUCCAAGGUAAAACCAAGGUCGUCUCAACUCGAUAUACUGGGCAGUGAGGCGACCAACUUGACUCAUGAUAAUUUCCGUUCGGGAUAUAUAAGGCCCCAGAGCCUUGGUCAAAUGCUCACAGACUGCGCAUCUCGAUCAAAACAACGCACCCGUCAACUAGAAUUGUGCAGCUUCACUCUACUAAAUCAAUUAAUCUUUUUUAUUUCUUUUUUCUUUUUUUUUCUUGGGAACUACGUCGGCCAUUCGAGGCUACCUUUGAACAAUAUGCUUUUGUUCAGAGCUCUCCUUUUUCUCCUUCCGGCCAUCUGCUUGGCGGAAAAAGCAACAUCAACAGAAGAAUUUCCCCCAUCAAGAGUACUGGCUGCCUCAGCAGAGCGCUGCUCAAGCUCUGGCGCACCUAAUGUUCCUGAUUGCAGUAUUUGUACCAAUGGCUGCGAACCCCUUUUCAAGUGCUGUAAAAUACCUCCUCCUCCUCCUACUGUUUGAUGUCAAUCGUCAGAAGAAGCUUUACAGGUUUUGGCUGGACAAGGGGGUAUUUCCAAGUCGCGGGUGGUGAUCUAUUUAACUUAGGUACCCGACUAUCACAUUUGUUAAAACUACCAUUUAAAUUAACUGCAAAGGCCGCCAAGUCUGCUUUUUUAUUCUUGCUUUUUUUUUUGGUGCAAUGCGCGGCGAUAUCGGACGC